AUGUAUUCUUCAGCAUCUCACAGAAUCUUUGGUAUCCCAGAAGUUCUUGAGGAAAUCCUCCUCCAGGUUCAUCUACCCACCUUGCUCACUUCCGCUCAGAGGGUCUGCCGUAUGUGGCAUAGGGUUAUCCAAGACUCUAAUGCUCUCCAGAAAGCUCUCUUCUUCAAGCCUUCCGAGAAGCGGGUUGACCCAGAGGAAAGACGGACAAACCCGUUCGUUCAGUCAAACCUCUGGCGUGGUCUAUUUCGCAAAAAGGUCCAGGAUCAUUCACGCGCACACGUGCGUCGUAAGAGGGAGGUUUAUCUUCGAAGAGAAGCUAGUUGGAGACGUAUGCUCCUCAAGCAGCCACCCUCCAACAAGAUCACUAUUGUUGGAUCCUUGUACCUGGAUACACGAAACCUUAUCCCCUCGCAACUCGCGCUCAACCCUCGCAGCGACUGGUGUCGACUGGGAGAUCUGUAUUCCGGCAUCGAAAAGGAGAUUAUUUUCCCAGCGCAUGAUCCUUUUGUGUUCUUGUGCGUUGUGUAUCCACUUUCCGAAUACCCAGUCUCCAUUGCGUCUGAAAAUGACUUCGGGAUUUUGAAGACGCGGUCAAGCAUGCAUAGAGCUGGGAAUUUGAUCAAACUUGAUCCCAAACUGAGGCCUCCGUGGUCCACCCUACCUAUCUCGAAGCUCCUUAUUGAUUGUGAUGUUGUAUUCUUCCAUAGGGGCAUACCUUCCACGUUAUCGACUUGGGUGCAAUUCGAAGAUUGGCUGUGGUCACUGGGCAAAUUUGAUUUGGAACCUACUCUCGGCGCGGAUCUUGAUGAUAACUGGUGCUUUGGCUUCCCAGGGCUACGAAGCCUACGAAGAUCACAUCCCAAGUACUUCGACAGCGACGUCGCCGCGUUUAGUCACUUUUUCUUGGUCGAUUUAGCUUUGCACCGCAGAAAACGGGCGCGAGUGUCACAGUCGCAGUCUGGUAUUCUUCCUCAUAAUUAG